AUGACAGCGAACGAACGCGAAGUCAGCGUUGACGAGAAGGCGAUCUCCGUCGUUGAACAGCCGGUCUCGAAUGGCUCGGUACUCGACAGUGACAGCGACCUGCUUUCAGCAGAAGCAAGGCCAGCUGCGGAACGAAGACUGGUUCGCCAGCUAGAUCUUAGGCUCCUGCCGACUAUCAUCAUCAUCUUUAUCAUGAAUUACAUCGACCGAAGUGCGGUUUCCUCGGCGCGCCUACAAGGACUCACCCAAGAUCUACAUCUGACACAGAUUCAAUACUCAACCGUACUGGCGGUUCUGUGCGCAUCAUAUGUACCUGCGCAGAUACCCUCGAACAUGAUCCUGAACCGCAUCUCUCGCCCUUCGUACUAUAUUCCCGCAUGCGUAAUAGUCUGGGGAUUGGCCAGUGCGUUGACUGGGAUCACUCGCAAUUAUGCCGGGAUCGUCUUGUGUCGCAUUGCUAUCGGGUUCCCUGAGGCUGCCUUCUACCCUGGCGCUAUGUAUCUCUUGUCCCGCUGGUAUACGCGCAAAGAACUCGCAUUCCGCUCGGCCGUCAUAUACGGCGGUCUCCUCAUCUCCAACGCCUUCGGAAACCUCAUGGCUGCCGGAAUCCUCUCGGGCAUGCAAGGGAAGCGAGGGAUAGCUGCAUGGCGAUGGUUUGGUUCGAUCUCGAUCAGUUUCGGAAUACUAGCGAUCUUCAUCCUCCCGGACUACCCCCACAACACCCGCUGGCUGACGCCUGCCGAACUGAGGCUUGCACAAGUCCGUCUUGCAGAAGAUACCGGUGAGGCCGACGAGGAUGGCGCGGAUGAGACUGCAUGGACAGGCCUUGUGCAGGCGCUCAAGGAUCCCAAAGUGGCUAUCUUUUCUAUCAUGAACUGUUCGCAACUGCUCGGGCUCGGCUUCAUCAACUUCUUCCCGACCAUCUCGGCCACUCUUGGUUUCUCGACGACGGUCUCUUUGUUGCUCUGCGCGCCACCGUGGAUCUAUGCGACCAUUGUCUGUGCGAUCAAUGCCUGGAGUGCUGAUAGAACAGGAGAGAGAUUCUUUCAUCACUGCUGGCCUUGGUGGGGCGUCCUGGUGGGAUACAUCAUAGGCGCCUCCACGACUUCCGUCGGGGCCCGUUACUUCGGCAUGUUCCUCAUGGCAGCUGGCUUUGCGCUCACCGCGGUCUGGGUGGCCAACGCCAUACCGCGCCCUCCUGCGAAGCGCUCGGCGGCGAUCGGCAUCGUGAAUGGCAUCGGUAAUAUGGGGAACCUCAUAAGCUCGUACACGUGGCAAUCGCAAUGGGGCCCCGACUACCAUCCUUCGAUGUAUAUCGGGAUCGCGUGUCUGUCGUUCAGCACUAUCCUUUCGUUCGUUAUACGCCGUAUGUUGAUCCACGAGAACAAGCAACUCGAACGGGACGAGCUCGAGGACCUGAAGGGCGCCAGACGCGAGCGGAUCGAGGAAGCGGCAAGGCUGGAAGGCCUUACGUUCGAGCAAGCGCUUGAACGAAAGCGAGGAUUCAGGUACCUGUAUUGA